AUGCCGUCGCCGAAGGAGUAUGCGUUUAACGCUAUCGUGGACUAUGGACUCGCGGUACGCAACCUGUGCGCCGCGAUCGGAGCGUCAGGGCUCCACGAAUAUUUCAAUGGUGGAUCGCUACUGGCGGAGCUAGUAGAGAAACUGCCUCCCAGCAUGAAGCUUAGCUGGUAUUACCAUCGACGCCGCCACUCGGCACCAACCUCAGUGGCCUUCAAUGAGUGGAUGAGAGAACUUGUCAGUGCUGCGUGGCAUGGAGUUACGCCCGUCGUUUCGUCCGAGAACUCAUCUAAAGACGAUCGGUCUUCUCGCCGGCCACCGCAGGCUGGGUCAGAUUCGCGCCGCAAGGACCAUCACCAGGGACGCACGUACGCGAACGUUAACGUCCACACGACGCAGAACCCUCGCUCCUCAGACCAUGCACCACAUCAAACCUGCCCAGCUUGCGCCGGUGAGUGCGAGCAAAUGGCGAGUUGCAGUAAGUUCUUAAAGAUGAACACCCGCUCCCGGUGGGACGUAGUAAAAUCCCACAACCUUUGUAGAACAUGCUUAAGGACACAUCAAACGAGAUGCCAGGCACCCGCAGCAUGUGAAAUAGGCGGCUGCAAGCGACGACAUCACAAGCUACUCCACAAUGGCGGGAACGCCGCUGCUCAACCUGGAGCUGCCAACCCCGAAUCUACCGUCAGUUGUAACACCCAUUCUGGGCCUCCAAACGAGGCGCUCCUGAAAUACGUUCCGGUGACCCUCCAUGCCAACGGGAAGAAGGUGAACACCAUGGCCCUGCUUGACGACGGCUCAACGUCAACUUUCGUCGAACAUGCGCUACUCAGCGAGUUGGGAGUAUCGGGAAAGCCGCGACCACUUUGUGUAGCGUGGACCGAGGAACAACAAAGAUACGAACGCAACUCGGUGGAGUUGCCACUCCAGAUCUCCGGGCAACAGCACGACGCCAAGAUCUUCACUAUGUCCGCCGUACACACGCUGUAG